CACAGCCAAAGAUACAACUUUGCUUUGAGGUGGCUCAGGUGCAGGUUGUGCAGGUACACGUGUAGAGACACGAUACAGCCACGAUCGGUCACCACGAAAGCGCCUCCUUCCACAAAUAUCAACGCACGAUCGCGAGUUCAGAAGCAAAAUUUCCAUCUUCAUGGACAAAACGCUUCAGUCAUCGUCACGAAAGCGACUGAUUUAGUUGGAGAUUUUUUUUUAUUGUUUUGGAAGUUAACUAUUGGUCACCAUGACAGUCAGUGUCGAAGUUCAGUACGAUAAUAACCCGCAGGGGAUAUUCUACGCUGGUCAAACGUUGUCAGGAAGUGCAGUUUUGAAGCUUACCGAGUCGGACACCGUGAAUGCAAUUUCCAUCAAAAUCGAAGGAUUCACUGUGGUGCAUUGGAGCGAGCGUCGUCCUCAAGGUCAAAGACGUCGAUCGAGACAUUUUACUGCGCGCCAAGAUUAUCUCAACAGUCUUACAUACCUGGUUGGAGGAACGCCGAAUGCACCGUCCGUCAACGUUCCUCAAGGGACGCAUGUGUACAAGUUUACAUGCGUCCUACCGGACAACCUGCCAACAUCAUUCGAAGGUCAAUAUGGGCACAUUCGAUACACGGCAACCAUUCUUGUUGAGAGACCAACCCAAAAGAACACGACCUAUCGGGAAGCGUUCACAGUACUGCGACACGUCAAUCUCAACGAUGAUCCUUCGCUGAAGAUUCCGAAAAAGCUAGAGUUGAGCAAAACCUUCGGCUGGUGGGUUUUCAAGUCGGAUCCUUUAAAUAUAGUCGUAGAGAUUCCCUGCACGGGAUUCGUCCCUGGACAGGCAAUUCCGGUAACGGUUCGUUGGGAUAACAGCAGCAAUGCCAGCAUCCACGGAGUUCGCAUCAAACUGUUCAAGAAUGAAGAAUACCAGGCCACCGAUCCGUACGAGAAGAAGCGAACCGAUCAACAGAGCGUGGUCAAAGUCGAGAAUCGGGACAUGCACAAACAGGGACAGGUUCGUUUCGAGCGUAAUCUAACCAUCCCAGCUGUGCCACCAACCAGCGUGAGUCCAUUGAUCAAAAUAUCCUACGAACUGGUAGUCUACGUCCACAUCUCAUCCGGAGACAAUCCGGUGUUCAACGUUCCCAUCUCGAUCGGAACAAUUCCUCUUAUGGGACCACCCCCCGGCACCAGUUCCGAUGAUCAACCGCCACCACCUCCUCACCCGCCCAAGAUCGGUUUUAAUGUGGACGGAAUGUCCCCACCGGAAAAAUCAGGUGGUGCCCCCGGACCAUCGCAACCACCUGCUGCCAACAUUGCAGGACCAUCAGCUUCGUCUACCACUCAAACUGCGACAUCCCCGAAUGAAUUACCACCUCCCACGUACGAGGAAGCAAUGAGCGUCACCGUUUCGGAUCAUUCAGACAACGAGGAAGAAUCGCAAGCGCAAGAGCCGGUAAUGUCCAAACCGUUCAUGCCUCGAUAUCCGGUGUAUAACUUUGAAGAUCCCGGCAAAGGAACGUCGUAGAUUUAGUUUGGUUAAAAGUGGCUUUCUGUUUGAAUUGUUAAUAAAAA